GUUGCUGACAGAGACAUCCUUCUUGUGCAGACUGAAGUUUAAUCGCCAUGGCCAAGGUGUUUAAUGAUCCCAUUCAUGGCCACAUCGAGCUACACCCACUUCUUGUCAAGAUCAUAGACACACCUCAGUUUCAGAGACUACGAAAAAUCAAGCAACUUGGAGGGGGUUAUUAUGUUUUUCCAGGAGCAUCACACAACCGCUUUGAGCACUCAGUUGGAGUCGGGCAUUUGGCAGGAGAGCUUGUAAAAGCUUUGAGGGCAAAACAGUUGGAGGAGUUGGAGCAGGAGCCGUCAACGGACUCGGAAUCCCUCAUCAAUGACCGAGAUGUCCUUUGUGUGCAGAUUGCAGGCCUUUGCCAUGACCUAGGUCACGGGCCCUUUUCUCAUGUCUUUGAUGGAAUGUUCAACCCUCAAGCAGACCCAAGUGGUGAAAAAUGGGAGUGGGAAGCCAGAGUACCCAAAAAGAACUCACUCAGACAUGGGGAGAACAUGUAA